AUGUUCUCACAGCAAAACAAGGAUGCCGAUCCAGAGGCGGUUCAGUCAUCCUCUGGAGAAUCCAAAUUUGAAGCUCCAGUUUCCUGGCCAGACGGCAUGCUGAGUGCUGAUGAGACCAGUGUUGAUGUUACUCAAGAUGUUUCCCCACCACCAGACGGAGGCUGGCAGGCUUGGCUAUGCACUUUAUGUGGUCACUUUCUCUUCAUGAAUACAUGGGGUUUCAUCAAUAGUUUCGGUAUCUUCCAAACUUAUUACACCACCUUCCUCGGACGCGAGCCGUCUGACAUCUCCUGGAUCGGCUCUAUCCAAGUCUUCCUCAGCUUCUUUGUCGGCGCUUUCAUUGGCCGCUACAUUGACUCUGGGCACUUGCAACUAGUGUUAACAUGUGGUACGGUUCUCGUACUUAUUGGCAUCUUCACAGCCUCAUUAUCUACCGAAUACUGGCAGUUACUCCUUUCACAGGGCAUUUGUUGUGGCCUUGGCAAUGGCUUCCUCGUUACUCCAGCCGUGUCCGUCACUUCAACAUACUUUGCUAAAAGGCGUUCGUUAGCGAUCGGCAUUGCGACUUGUGGCUCUGUCACCGGAGGACUUGUCUUUUCUUCCAUGGCGAGACAGCUUUUACCUACUGCUGGGUUUGGCUGGACUAUGCGUGCGAUUGGGUUUGUGCAAGCAGCGACAUUGUUAUUUGUCGUCGUGUGUAUGAAGACGCGAUUGCCUCCGGGCAAAUCGGGCAGAGUCGUUGAGUGGGUUGCCUUCAAGCAGCUUGAUUACACAUUCUUCACCAUUGGAAUGUUCUUUAACUUCUGGGCUGUCUUCGUUGGCUAUUACUACGUCGCUCCCUAUAGCCGCGACAUCAUCACUCCCUCUCUCACCUACACACAGUCGUUGAAUCUACUUCUCAUUUUGAACGGAGUCGGUGUGUUUGGCCGGAUGAUAUCAAAUCACUAUGCCGAUACCUUUGGACCCCUGGAGCUGUUAAUACCGACCUGCCUAUUAGCUGCCGUCGCCACGUUCUCGUGGAUCGCUGUGCACACACCCGGUCAGACAUAUGUAUGGACAGUCUUCUAUGGCAUCAUCAGCGGUAGUAUACUUAGCCUAUUCCCUGCGGGAAUUUCGAGCUUGACUACAGAUCUGUCAACUCGAGGUGCAUACAUCGGGAUGAACUUCACUGUCAUCAGCUUUGCUACGCUGACGGGUAAUCCUAUCGCUGGUGCACUAAUUACAGCUAUGGAGGGACGUUAUCUUGGUGCACAGGUGUUUAUGGGCAGUAGCUUUAUUGUUGGCACGGCGUUUAUUAUAGCAGCUAGGGGCCAGCAAGUCAAAUGA